ACUAAAGAACUUCAUUUCCGUCAGUGAGAACACUCGAUCAGCCAAUGAUGCUUUAAAGAAGACGCUCGCGAGGUUUUCGUUUCUUCACCAUGGCAACCUUAGUCCGGUAAAUCGUGGCGUCUUCUUCGUAGUGGGCCGCCGGUGGUUCGUCAUGGCAGAGUUGGGUCUAAAUGAUCACCAUCAGAAUGAAGUAAUCAACUACAUGCGAUUUGCACGCUCUAAACGUGGUCUGCGCCUUAAGACGGUAGACUCUUGUUUUCAAGACCUUAAGGAAAGCAGGCUUGUGGAAGAUACAUUCACUGUUGAUGAAGUGACUGAUAUUCUGGAUGGUUUACAGACUGUAGUGCAUAGUGAGGUGGAAUCAGAACUUAUUAAUACAACUUACACCAAUGUAUUACUUUUACGACAAUUUUUUUCCCAGGCAGAGAAAUGGUGUCUUAAAUUGCAAACUGACAUUUCAGAACUGGAAAAUAGGGAUUUAUUAGAACAAGUUGCUGAGUUUGAAAAAUCAGAAUUUACAUCUUCAAAUAAGAAGCUGAAUCCAGAGUUGGUUAAAACUAAACUUACUCCAUUGCAUGAGGGAGCAUCAGAAUUGCUAAACAAGGAAAUUGCAAGGCUUCAUGAAGAAAAUGAAAAACUGAAGACUCGAUUAAAGACAAUAGAGAUACAGGCUACAAAUGCAUUGGAUGAAAAAUCAAAGUUAGAAAAGGCUUUACAGACCAUACAGAUUGCUCAGGGGGAUCAAAAGUUUAACACUACUCAGGAUGUUAGUGAACUAGAAAAUACCAUGGCUAAUUUGAAGUGUCAGUUUGAGAGAACACUGCAAGACAGUACUGCAAGCCAAAAAUCCUUGGAAGAGAAUCUCAUGUCAACAAAACAUGAUUUACUUAAGGUUCAAGACCAAUUAGUACUGGCUGAAAAGGAAUUAGAAAAGAAAUUCCAACAAACUGCUGCCUAUCGCAAUAUGAAGGAGAUUCUCUCAAAAAAGAAUGAUCAGAUAAAAGAGCUACGAAAGAAGCUUUCAAAAUAUGAGCCAGAUGAUUAAUUCUGAAGAGGUUGUUUUGUUUCAAGAAACUGCCACAAAAUGAAAUGGAAUGAAAAUACAGAUUUGGGAAAAAGGAUUUGUUGUUCAAUAUGUUUCAAUAUGUUUUCUAAGCAGUCUACUUCCUUUUUAAAACAUUUUUAAAGCCAUAAGAGAAAACGCUGAAUAAAGAAAAGUACAUAUUUGUGGUUUAGGGCCAUUUUAAAUGUUUAGAUCAUAUACUGCAUAACAAAUACAAAUGAAGAACAUUUACCAAUUUCUUUUUUCAGUAAAAAAGUUUAUUGUGAACAUAGUUCAAAAUGGUUAAUUAUAAUUGUUUGCAUACUGUUAAAAUACAAUUCUAAGGAAACCUCCCUACAGUUUUUAUUUUUCUGAAAUAUUGCUUUUCUUUUUCAGAAUUUUAGCUAGAAAUGACUUAAUUCUGUUGCCAUUAAACAUAGCACCUACGUUUGGCUUGAAGCUAGUAAGAACUUGAUCCCUAAUAGAGACACUUUUAGCUAUGCAAAGGAGCUUUAUUGUCCACCUAAAAAUACAAAUCACCAAGUAAUUCAGACAAAGCAAAAAGAAUUUAUUUAGGAAGGUCAGGUCCUUUAUACAGGGUACAGAAAUAAGAAACAAAUGCUACAUAAUCUGUACAUGCAAUGUGCAAAAACUAACUGAUAAAACAAUAAAAGAUUAAGUAAACAAAAAUAGACACAAUUAAAAUAUGUUGCCUCUUCCGCUUUCCCAUCCAGGCUUGUUUGUUUAAUAUUUGCAAUACAUAAGGAGUUCAAAUUAUGCUCCUUAUUUGUUUCGUUCCUGAAAAAGUUAAUAUUUGCAUAAAAAAGAAAUAAAUGGUUUUGGCUAAAAUGAAAAGAUGAUUUCCUAAACAUUCAUGCUAAAUGCUAAUACCACCUUUAUUAAAAAGCUAAUAAUGAAUCCUACAACUCCAGGUAACAAUUUGACCAUUUGGUUCUCUUUGACAAGGACAGUGGCUUAGUGGAAUCAUCAAAAUCUAGAAUGAACCCUCUCAGAUUUGAUCAUCUUUACAGGGGAAUUUAUAAGCAGCAUAAAUUCUUCCAUCUGAAAUGGAUGUUUCUGAUCACUUAAAGGAAUCCCAGCUGCCUUCCAGAGUGCUUGUGCUUGUUUCUUUAAGGAUAGAAACUGGCAGUUAUUUCAUUGCCCCAGCCCAUGGAUUAACUGAGAUGGCAGGGAGAUACUGCUCUCCCUUUGGAAAUCCUUGGCCUUGAAGGUUUCCACAAAGGGCUCCAGGAACAAGCCAAUCUUCAAUAGCCUGGGUACCUUAAUGGCCUUUUAUAUAUACAGUAAUUUUUGAGCCAGAAGACUAAGAAAAGCAUAUGUAGCAACUGGUUGUGCAUUAGGAACCAUCCAGAAUGAACACUUUCAAUAAGAUAUUGAAAGUAGCAGUCCCAGCAGCUGAAAUAAACUUUUCAUAAGCAAUACCAGAGGGAACUUGAAACACAGGUACAAAGACUGAACAAAGUCUCUCUCUGUCUCUGUCAUCUCUCUUUCAUAUCUCUCCCUCCCUCUCUGUCUCGUGUGUGUGUGUGUGUGUGUUCCCUAUUGAACCAUUUCCAAAAACAGGCUACUGCUGGUGGUUUUUUUUUUCUGAUGUUGUUCUUUCUUCUUUGGAUGUUUUUUACCAUAUUUAAAUCAAUAGUCAUUUCAGGUUUCCAGAUAAAUGAAGCUUUCAUCCCCCUGCUAUGGCUCCCUAUUGGCUGAACCCACCACUGGCUAGCCUGGCCGUUCAUCCUCCCUUCCCAGUCACUCUGAGUGGUGUGAGAAGGUAAGGGCAACGGUGGGCGAUGGAGACUCGUUCCAUAUUCCAGAGCGGGAGAGAAGCGCCCCUAUACUUGCUAUAUCUUGCAGGUGCUUCUUCUGGCCCUUGUUCGUUUUGCGCACACCUUGGUCACUUAAUGAUCAUGGUGUUUGCCAAAUGUUCAUUAUGGAAAAUGGUCAUAAAAUCAGUAAGUUGACAUACUGUAAAUACCAAGGUCUUAUUUUUAUGCUUGCUUAUCUGUGAAGCAAAUGCAGUAUGUUUCAGAUAACAAUGUUCAAUUUUUCUGUCACGGUCUUUAUUUUAUUUCUGAUCCACAGCUUGCAGACACUUCAGUUAUCUUCAACUGUUCAAAUGUUAAAAUAUUGUUUUGCUCUUUUCCCCACAUUUUCCCAUGAAAAUGAUCUUGCAUACUUUCUCAAUAAUGCGAUUAAUUCUGGGUUAAUUCUUGAGUUGGGAUGUGCUAAGUUUUAACAAGUCACUUUAGGCUGCUGAAGGUUUUCCCCCCUCUCCUCUGAUCCUAGGCACUGAAUUUCAUGCCCAUUUAGAAAAGUUAGAGGCCUGACUUCUAUAAAAGUAUCUGCCCAAGUAAUGUCUCACCAGAACUUUCUUAAAUAUUUGUCAGAUCUCACCUGAACGCUUACUUUCUCUCGCUCUGUGGGCUUAGUCCUCUUUUGAAAGAGUGCUAGUCCAGUGCUUUUAAAAAAGGUCAAUUUAAACAGUAAGAGGGAGCUGUAUGUUGAUGGCUAAGGUCACCAGAGAAUGCAUUAUAGGUUAAUCACUCCUGCUGACAAAAGGAUUUCAUAUAGCUGUUCAUUUUACUAUAUUUAUCACUUCAUUUAUGAUAGAAGAUAGCAUUUUGCCUACCUUUAUGCAAUUUUGCCUGUACUACAGGCUAUGUGACAUAAAUUAUUGGGGGGCGGGACCAGUGGUGGGUUGCUACCGGUUCUGACCGGUUCUUAAGAACUGCUGGCAAAAAUCUGGCCAAGUUCGCAGAACUGGUAACGAUAACCAGCUAGCCACGCCCCAAAACUGGUUCCCCUGGCCGAAGAGGUUGUAAAAACAAAAGGUUUUAAAAGGCUCCUCUGGUGAUCCCAGCUGAAUUGCCUGAUCACCAGAACCUUUUAAAAACAUGUUUUCUACAAGCUCUUCAGCCGAAGAGCUUGUAGAAAAAAUCCUUUUAAGAGGCUCUGGGCUGCCAUGAGGCAAGCCUCAUGGGAUUGUCAGAGGAGCCUUUUAAAAUCUUUUUUCCUCUGGCGAUCCCAGGUGAAUUUCUUGAUCAUCACAUGCUUUUAAAAUAAUUUUUUCACAACCUCUUACAACAGCCCCCACCCAUGCCCUCCCAACUGCCCCCUCCCCACUUACCUAAUUACUGCUCCUUUUGGGCUGCAAAGCCAUGCUUUCCUUUUGCUUCUGCAAUCAGUUGCAUCAGCUAGCAACUCAAUCUGCCUGCCUAAAAUCCAUCUCCUCAGUGAGUAACUCAAUCUGCCUGCCUCAAUUGGGUAAGUAAACUAUUAAAAAAAUAGUUAAUUGGGUUUUUUUAAGGAGUUGGGUUUUUAGACAGCAAUUAAAAGUUAAGUUUUAAAUUUAGCUGCUUUUAUCUAAAACGGGUCUCCAACCUUAGUAACUUUAAGGCUUUCCUGGCUGAGGAACUCUGGGAGUUGAAGUCCAUAAACCUUAAAGUUACUAAGGAUGGAGACCCCUGAUCUAAAAAUAUAAAUAAAAUUAAAUAAUAAAAUUAAAUAUUUGUGCAGCUUUCUGAGAUUUGGUGUGUUUCUGUAUUGUUUCACUCUAACUACACAAACACACAAAAUCUCACAAAGCUGUAUUUUGUGUGUGUGUGAGUCAGUUGUAUUGUGUUAUGUACUAUGUGUGUAAAGUGUGAAAGUUGGUUUUUGAACUUUUUGUGGCUGUGAAGUUCCUGCUUGUUGCAGGGCCAUUUUGGGUGAAGUGCAGCUGCUUUUACAUUGUGUGUGUCAGUUGUGUUUUGUGUGUGUGUGUAAGGUGUGAAAGUUGGUUUUUGAGCUUUUUGUGGCUGUGAAGUUCCUGCUUGUUGCAGAGACCAUUUUGGGUGAAGUGCAGCUGCUUUUGCAUUGUGUGAUUCAGUUGUUAUGUUGUGUGGGUGUAAAGUGUGAAAGUUGGUUUUUGGUACCUCUUAUUGUUUUAUACAUGGUGGCUUAGGGGCUAGGACGUUGAGCUUGUCGAUAGAAAGGUCAGCAGUUCAGCGGUUUGAAUCCCUAGUGCUGCCGUGUAACGGGGUGAGCUCCCAUUACUUGUCCCAGCUUCUGCCAACCUAGCAGUUUCGAAAGCACAUAAAAAAUGCAAGUAGAAAAAGUAGGGACCACCUUUGGUGGGAAGGUAACAGCAUUCUGUGUGCCUUUGGCAUUGAGUCAUGCCGGCCACAUGACCACGGAGACGUCUUCGGACAGCGCUGGCUCUUCGGCUUUGAAACGGAGAUGAGCACCACCCCCUAGAGUCGGGAAUGACUAGCACGUAUGUGCGAGGGGAACUUUACCUUUACCUUAUUGCUUUGUAUACUUUAUUAUUUUUAUUAUUUAUUGUUAUUGGCCACGCCCACCCAGUCACAUGACCGCCAAGCCACUCACCCAGUCACAUGACCGCCAAGCCAUGCCCAGUGUCACAUAACCAUCAAGCUAUGCCCGCAAAAGAAGCCACGCCCACAGAACCGGUAGUAAAAAAAUGUAGAACCCCCCCUGCCCCCCCCACAAAAGCAAUAAAUCGCUAAUAGAUGGCUGCACUAGUGGAGUUGCCGCUAAGUGGUGGGUGAUUAAUCACAUGUCCAUCAAGGUCCAGUAUCAACCUUUUCCUGUUCCACGCAUGUAAACAUCAUAGCCUUUGAGUGAGCCGGAGAAGGAAUAAAUCCAUAAUGCCAUUUCGGCUCAAGCCCAAAGUCUGUAGCCCAGCGCCUGUGAUGGUUCAAAAAACAGUCCCUGGUUCAAGAUAAUGAUAGGGAGGUGGAGCACCAAAAUGGAGGGGGAAAUGGCUGCCCAUAUUUGGAGACCUUGAUGUCCCAGGUCUUCUGCAUUAGAUUACCAGUAACCAAGGAGACAUCCAUGACCCAAAGUUGGUUCAUCGCCUCCACAAUUAUAUCCAGUUUAAUGAAUGAUAUGCUGGAGGGUAUGAUGUGCUUGACACUCGGGUGGACACCUUGUUGGCACAAGAGUUGGUCCAAACGCUGGACAAUGCGGUUGUUUCGGGCACAUUGCAUGUUGUGCAUCACCUCACAGACUUGCAAGAUGUGGUUGAUCGUCUCCGGGGCCUGGCAGGCUCCUCUGCAGGUUUUAUUGGUGAUCUGGCAAUUGGCACCUCACACACUCCGUGAUCUGAUAGGGAGUACGCCACCCCUCAGUUGGAUCCUCCUAAGAAAUAGCUGGGGGGAACACUCAAGGGGAGCGCUGUAGCCAAUCGUGGCUGGCUGCAUUGAUCUUUGGGACACCCAGUUCCCGACCAUCGACCGAGGUCAAGAGCGUGUUCUUCCAUUCCUCCCGCACCUCAGUCUUUGUUAUCACUACUGCAUUGUUGACUGCACGGAUGGUUCAUUUGGCGCCGCAAAAGACCAAAGGUGUCCUGGCACUGCACCAUCUGGACAGCGUGGUGGGAUGGGAUGCAAUCUUCUCAAGUCACAAUGCCUGGAGCAGCGGGAUAGAUGUGGAGAAACAGGGCACUCCCAGGCCUCCAUCCUUGAUGUUAGCAUGGAAGUAACCCACAGGGGUGUCUUUAGGCAGCUGCAGCCAGCAUCUCACCGCUGCACAGAUCAAACAGUCCAGCUUACGAAGUGUGUUCCUGUGCACGUGACCCAGGACAAGCUCAUGUGUAAAUUUGGGCACCAAGAAUGUCUUCAACAACUGCAUUCAUUGUUGCAGUUUUAGCAGUGCCUGUGAGAGCUCCUGGAGCAAAGAGUCCAACUUGCUGGUGUGCUUUGGGAUGAUGCAUCCUUUCCAAUUAAACUGGGGCCCAAAAUAGCGAACUGAAUCCCCUGGCCCAAGAGAGUUGAUGCUUCCUCCCUCGCACUCAUAGGCUAUUGGUAAAAGGGCCAUGCACUUCCGCUUUCCAUCCUUAGUGGUGGUGAUGUCAAUGGAUUUCCUGGCAUUAAGCAUCAUGCCAGCUCUGGAAAGGGCUUCUGACAGGAGGUGUAGUUUUUCCUGGAGCUGAGGGGACUUCUCUGCUAGUAGAAUUAGGUCAUCGGCAUAAGCGAUACUGUUGAGGUCAUACCCAACGCUGGGUAAAGAGGCUGUAACAAUAUCCUCAACCAUCAUGAUGAAAAGAAGCGGAGACAUAGGAUCACCCUGUCGGACUCCCGACCACAUGCAGUGAUAGUGUCUGAAAGUUGCACCAUGAACCGCUCGUAGAGGUGCUGAAGGUAUGACACCAAGGGAGGUGGUAGACCUGCAGCUAUGGCAACACGGAACAGCGUGUUGUGGGAAAUGGUGUCAAAAGCCUUGGCGAUGUCAAGGAACAAUAUCACAAAAGGUUCACGCUUCAUAUGGACCCUUCAAAGAAUGAAAUGCAGAAGGGUAGUCGCCUCUAGGCAGCCGUCUUGUUGGAGAAACCCGUGGUGGAAGGGUGAGAGCUGAAGCGUAUCCACCAUGCCAGAAUCUUAUGAAAGGCACAGAGGAUGGUAGAGGCAAUUGAAAUAGGGCGGUAGUCUCCUGGAGUUGAUGGUUCAUCCAUCUUUGGCAAAAAGACCACCCUCGAGCAAGAAAGGUAUUCGGGUGCCCCCCCCCCCCGGCGGCUAGCAGCAGGUUGAAAUAAGCUGCUAGUGAUGGUUGGUGCCAGGUUAGGAAAUCAGCUGCAGGGAUGUGGUCUAGGCCUGGAGUGCUAGCCAUCAUGUUCUUCAAUGCUGCAGUAACCUCGGAGUAACUGCAGGACCUGCAGCGUUUGUGGGUCCCCCUCAAUUAGUCCCAACAGUGGCUUAUGAUCUGUCACUAAAUUUCUUCCAUAAACAUAUUCGUGGAAUCUCUUUAUCCCAGCAACCGCAGCCAACGCCUCUUUAUCAAGUUGGCUAUAGUUCCUCUCUGUUGAUAAUAGCAUCCUAGAAAAAAAUGCCCUCAAGAAAGACAUGCCUUUUGUCACAAAAACACACUAUUGAGUAACUGCAUACAGAAGGGACCAAUGCACAGCUGAUGGAGUAGCUGGUGCCCUAUUAUUGAUCGCACUUGGAGUUCCAAAUACUGUGGACAAGUUUUGCUCCAUCUUCGGUGGCAGAGGUUGAGGCCCACAGUAUGCAUUCUUCCAUUGCCCAGAGAAGAUGGUGGAUGACGCAUCUCGUCGCUGGAGCUUUUAGAGCCAUUGGAUGGUAGCAUUUUCCCUGUUCUACAGGCUACAUAAAGAUCCCACAGACAAUAGCUGCUCAUUGUCCUUCCUUUGUAGUAUUUAUUUAUCAUAUUUAUAUAUCUCACAUAAAGGUGACUUUUAGUUCACUUUUACCAUUUUUCCCAAAAUAAGACAUCCCCUGAUAAUAAGCAAUCAGGCUUUUGAGCACAUGGCAAUAAGGCCAAGCGCUUAUUUCAGGGUUCAAAAAUAUAUAUGACGGUCUUAUUUUUAGGGAAACACGGUAGUAUUUUAGUAUUAAUUGAGCAUGAAGCUCUUCCUUAUUAAUUGUUCCCUCUAGCUGUAUCUUAUUCCUCUCUUCUUCACCAGUGACUUGUUAGUUCAGCUAUUUUUGACAUGGAUUUGGUACUUUGUCUAAAAAGUAGCAAGCUGAUAAUUAAGAGAUGAAAAAAAAGGUGGCCUCUUUAACUGAGCAGAUGAUUAAAUUACCCAUUCUAAGCACCAGUCCAGAGUAUAUCAUCUCCAUCUUGCCAUAUAUUAGAGUAAUUAGUAAUGUUUUCCCAGCUGCAAGGGAUCAUUGUUGGGAAGGAAAAUAAAGGUAGUUGUUUUUGAAAAACUUACCUGCACUCUGGACACUAUCACUCUGUUCCCAUUUCUUAAAAUAGUGAUGACUACCCGUGUUUUCCCAAAAAUAAGACCUGCUCUCAUUUUCUUUUGGGCCCCAAAAUAAGCACCAGAUCUUAUUUUUGGGAUAGAUUGUGUUUUCAGGGAAACACAGUAUUACUAUAUGGCAACAAAAACUCUUUACAAAGUGGUUGUCUGGACUUGUAUAGCCUAAAGCUGAUGGCUCUAAGUAAACCCAAUCAAAUGACUGCGAAUUCAGAGGCAGGCCUAUACUACUUGGACAGCAUAAUCCAAUAAUACUGGUUUGGGAUGUCAUGUUUCUGUAAUAAAUAUCUCCAGCACUGUGUAUAGAGAUUCUCAGAUCAUGCUUGUCCCAAGGUGCUUUUUCAAAAGGCAACUGGAUUUUCUUUGAAGACAUUUCACAUCUCAUCCUGGAAUUAAUUAAGAUGCUUUUAAUUAGAUGUUUUUGUCUGGUGAGAUGAAUUAUUUUCCUUCUUUGGCCAAUUAGGGCUCUGCCCAUUUUGUUUGAUUAAGAAAAAAGAUUAAAAAGGCUUUCCUCAUUGGUCAUUUUGUUGUCGUCCAUUGGCUGCACAGCCACAUCAAUUGAAUCUACCAGAAUUAAAUUAAUCUAAAGGAAUGUUAUUCAUCUAAAAACUAAUUGGUAUAAUUCUUGGAAAACAAGACAUUUCUGAGAUUUACCCUGUUCUUACUGAGUUUUUUCCUUCUAUAAUCCCUUCUUACACAAAGCUCUGGAAGAAUGUUUUAGCCAGGUCAAGAAAAAUUGUUUCCCAAUCCACUUAAUAAUUUAACUGAUAAAUUACAUAAAAUGUAAGGUGGGGCUACCAGAUCUAAACUGCCAAAAUCUAGAAAGCUACUAAAUGGCAUCAAAAGGAUUACCACUUUCUAGAUUAUUUUGUUUUCCUAUAGUGUCAUUGGAUAUUUGCACCUCAGAUAUUUACCUCUAUUAUGAAGUGACAAAAGCAUUAACUGAAAUUCCUACUGGGCUAUAUAUUUUUCUCAAUGAAUAAAAGGAGAUUUUAUUUUAUUUAGCAUAUGGCAUAUAAUAACGGAAAUGGUAGAUACAGUGCAGUUCUGACAAUGUAGGUUGUUAGUUCAUUCUGUUCAGCGCUUGCACCCUAUCCUUGAUACAUUGGGAUGGGGAUGCAAACUAUGGUAGCUUUAUACCAGCUAACUAGCAGUGCUCAGUUGGCUGGCUCUUCUGGGUUCCUCCACUGAUCUCAUCUUGCGUCACCUCAUGUCAUAUUGCCUUGUAUCAAGCCAGAUCCAGUGCUGGCUUCUGCUCUCCAUACCCUCAAUUACAGUUAGAUCUUUCUCAUUACAGCGGUAUCCACUUAUCUACUUGCAAUAUUGCAUGCUUUCAAAUUGCUGAGUGGGUAGGAGCCAGGGAAUGAGUGAUUGAAGUGGGUUUGAACCACUGGAGUGCAGAGGAUUUCUGGCCAGCAAUUCCAGCUCAUUACACCACUGUGUCUAUAAAGGAAGAUGAUGACAGAUGAAAACAGUCCCCAGAGUUCCAUAAUCUUCUAGUAAUUUCAAAUAUUUUUGGCAUAAGGCUAGCACCAGAGCAAACUAAAUCACCAAGUUUUGUAUCUUUCCCAAAAUGCAAAAUGCCUAUGUUACAAUUUGUUUUCUCCUAUCUAACCAGCAUCCCUGCUUCAAAAAACGUGGCAAACAGGGUCUCUUCAGAGUUGAGUUGAAUCUCCCAGUUCUAUUGUAGUCUGCUUCCCCCACAGCUUAGCUGAACAGAACAGAACAGAACAGAAUUCUUUAUUGGCCAAGUGUGAUUGGACACAUAAGAAAUUUGUCUAGGUGCAUAUGCUCUCAGUAUACAUAAAAGAAAGGAUACAUUUGUCAAGGAUCAUAAGGUACAACAUUUAAUGAUAGUUAUAGGUAGCAAAACUGUAGGAAGUUAGCACCCACCCCAGGAAAAUGAAAUAUUCUAGGAAAUACUAAAAAGGCAGAAUAUUAUAUUUUCCCUAAAGGAGAAACAUGUUUCUAAAGACAUAAACUCAGAGCCUCAGCUCCCUGCCAACCCAGCAGAUAUUUUGGUGCCAACCUAUCUACAAGACAAAGGCUGGGCCAGCUUAUCUGCAACACAAAAGACAUGGCCCUCGGGACAUGAUAAGAUUAGCUCUCACUCAAGAUCCAAACCAGGACAAAGACAUCAAGCCAUAAUAGGAUUUGCCCAAGCCCAUAACCAUCCAGUAAGAUUCUACUAAGCUUGAUUCAGAAAACCUAAAAGGUAAGCUAUGACCCCUACAGCAGCCAAUAACUUGUCACAGGAACAGGAAGCUCAAAAGCCCAAGAGAGGGUAUAAAUCUCUCUCUCUCUCUCUCAUCCAUGUGCCCUUUUUGCCCAGUAUCAUGUCCACCAUUAAACCAUCUUUCCAAGCAGUCUUCAUGUUUUCAGUCUCCCCAUUUGGAACUGAACCCAGAUGGAUAUUUCUUCUAACAAAACAUUUAUUUCCUCUUUUUGGUUGGUGAUCUGUAGUAUGCACCUAUGGCAAUCUCAUUUUUUCUUUUAUUUUAAUCCAAUUGCAUUCAAGAUUCCAUUUUUCCCCAUUUCUACAGAAGUGUAAUAUAUAUAGUGCAAUUCAGUGGUGGAAUUCAAAAUUUUCUUCUACUGGUUCUCUGGGCAUGGCUUGGUGGGGCAGCAUCUUGCUGUGAAUGACAUCAAGUUGGCCAUGCCCACUCAGUCACAUGACCCCACCAAGCCACA